AUGGUACGGUUCACCGCAAAGCGGCUUAUCCACCACGCAGUUCCGUCAACAUCGCAAAUCAUGGCUGCAAAACUGAUUGAACGGCGAUUCCACAAUGUUCCAGGCAAGCUACGGGUAUCCGAAUUGUUGUUCGAUGUCCCGGUGGACUACAGCAAGCCCGCAGGAGAUACCCUAAGGCUCUUUGCACGUAGUGUUAGUCGCCUCAACACUCCUAUUGAGCCUGCCAAAGAAGAGACCAAAGAAGCCACAGAGGGCAAGCUUCCUUGGUUGGUUUACUUGCAAGGUGGCCCCGGUUUUGGAUGUGCGGCCCCGCAGUCGUACCCCUGGGUGGACUACAUGCUUACCAAAGGGUAUCAAGUGCUAUUCCUGGAUCAACGAGGUACUGGCCUCAGCUCCACCAUCACUGCAGGAACACUUGCUCGCCAAGGUGACGCAAUUAAGCAAGCCGAGUAUCUCAAGAACUUCCGCGCGGACAACAUUGUUCGUGACUGUGAGGCAAUUCGCAAUGUUUUGACGAAGGAUUAUCCCUCCGAUCAGCGUCGAUGGAGUAUUCUUGGGCAGAGCUUUGGUGGAUUUUGCGCGGUGACUUACCUGUCCAAGUUCCCGGAUGGUUUGAAAGAAGCUUUCCUUACUGGUGGUCUUCCUCCUCUCACCAAUGGGCCGGACCCUGUCUAUGCGAAGACCUAUGAAAAGGUUGAGGCAAGGAACAAAGCGUAUUAUGAGAAAUACCCCGAGGAUGUGGAACGUGUCAAGAAGAUCAUGCAAUACCUCUCGCAAAACAAAGUUGCAUUGGCAUCUGGAUUCCUUACUCCGGCUCGCUUCCAGCAGCUGGGAAUUCUCUUUGGUUUCCACGGCGGCCUUGAUAACUUGCACGACAUUGUCUUUAGGGUUUGGAAUGAUCUAGAAAUAUUUGGAUUCAUUACUUUGCCAACUCUCUCUGCGGUUGACGGCGAUGGCGGGAUGGACAAGAAUAUUAUUUAUGCAGUUCUGCACGAGUCCAUCUAUUGUCAAGGAAAACCAUCGCUUUGGUCAGCAGACAAGCUGCGCUCAAGCAACCCACAGUUCCAGAUCAAUGAUUCGCUUCCUGCGAUUUACUUCACUGGCGAGAUGAUCUUUAAAGAUAUGUUCGAGUCUUACUCGGAGCUCAAAGAAGUCAAGGAUGCGGCUGAAAUUCUGGCCGCAACUGAAGAUUGGCCUGAUCUUUACGAUGAGGAUCAACUAGCCAAGAACAAGGUUCCGGUUUACGCCGCAACCUACAUUGACGAUAUGUAUGUCCACUUUGAUCUGGCUACAGCCACAGCCUCCAAGAUCAAGAACUCCAAGCAGUUCAUCACGAACACCAUGUAUCACGAUGCGCUGCGCAGCAAGUCGGGUGAAAUCAUGCGCCAGCUCUUCAACCUUCGGGAGGACUCGAUUGACUAG